CGCCAUUGUCGGACGCCGGUCGUGUUUGGUAUCUUCAACCCACCCGAUGGUCAUGCCACACGGAACAUGCACACGUGUGCGAAAGCCGUCCAGUUGCCGCACGUCUUGGACAUUCUUCGCAGACACUUCUGCUGCUUUCUUUCUUCUUCCUCUAUUAUUCUUCACACCCUACUUGACUCCUCAGCGCUUUAGCAGCUAUAACUUACCAUUCCUAGACCCGAAAUCCACAAACUUUUGUAUCCUCUAGAGCUCUGUAAAACCUGCCUCCUAACAGCACUCGGGCUCGGUCGCGACGGCGUCUGGAUACGCCAUGAGUAGUCCAUUCAUUAUCAUCCGAAUUGUAUUUCUAUCCUUGCUUGUAUAUCUGAACUCGCUCGUAUUGGUGUUUGCGGCAUGGAAUAUUGGGGCUACGAACUCUGUCGGAAUCUUAGUCCAUGGUGCGGCUAUUUUCUUGAUCUUCAAUGCCUGCGCCAUCUUCCUUUUUGUCAUCGUGGCUCUCGCUCCGCUUGUCGUGCCGAAAGCAAGCACUGCAUUUGUAGGGUUCGAAUGCGGCUGGACGGGAGUCUUGAGCGUUUUGCAGCUGGGUGCGAGCAUCAGCGCUACCAUCAGCGGCCCUCCUGCUUUAUGCAUUCCUAGAGCUCCAUUCAGCGUGUGCGCUUCGGCGACCAUUUUGGUCCCAAUUAGCUGGUUGGCGGCCAUCUUGAUGUUUGGAUAUUUUGUCAUGAUCUUCGGCGCAGCCAUAGCUCAUUUGAGUCUGCAUCCCUUCAUCUGGACACGCUCCUUCUACUCCAUACCGUGGUUUGUGGGCCCUGAAGUGACGCGAAGCAGUGCUCCCCAGCUCCCCCCUUUAUUACUUCACGACCCCAUUCGUCACUCCAUCAUUCAAGGAACAUACACCAGCCAGGGUUUGCCUCCUUGGGAUAUCGAGAAAAAUCUACAGCCUCCUCCGUUGUUGAAAGUGCGGAGCUUGGCGAGCAUCGUAGGUGCAAAUUCGCCUCUGACUUCAAUAUUUCAUCGUACUCGCCCCACGGCAAGCAACCUUUCCCUGUCGCCUGUCAUCACGCAAAGUACGGGAGAGGGAGAAAAGGUCCCUGCAUGGUAUGCUCGCCAGAAGCCCUUCCGACCAGGACGCGAUCUACCAUUCACAAUCGAUACUGUGUCACCUUCUGCCUACCUCCCCGAGGCAUCUACAAGCGUCUCGAAAGGCAAAAAGCGAGACCCUAUGGAGGGAUCUGGGUUUGUGAAAAUGACAAAAGAGGAAAAGCCUUUUCAGGGAUCGUCAAUAUAUCCUGAAAAGGAGACACGGCUCUUAUAUCCAUACCCACGACCUGUGCCCGCCCCGUCCGAUCCAGACAAACCUAUCGAUAUGGGUCGAAUGACGCAAUGGAUGGAGGCGGAUGCAGCCAGGGGAAUCACAUUGUCGGAUAUGCCAAGGCCACAGAGUUGGGAACGCGAAUUGUAUAAGAAGUAAGUCAGAGCUUGUGAUCAAACUUGGUUAAAUUAUUGUACGUGUACCAACGCAGUCCUUGCCACUCUUUAAUCAAUGUAGCAUAUCUUCCGAUUG